UAUGGCCGUUAAAGCGAAGUGGCCGCUCUCAGAUUUCUCUUGAUUUCUCUCUGAUGUCCAUUAAAGCGCAUUAAAGCGAGGUGUCCACUCUCGAGCUUAUUUCUGUUAUAAUUAACUCUUCAGAAAAAAAAAACAAGAAGUAAGCAAUGGGAGACAUAAAAUCUUUCUUCCACCAGUGGUGCGCAAAGAAUGGUAAAGAACCGCAAUUUGAUGUUAGACCAACAGGACCGAAACAUAGACAACGUUUCCUUUGCGAAUUGCGAGUACCCGGGUUUGACUAUGUCGGUGCGGGAAACUCUACCAACAAAAAGGAUGCGCAGGGAAACGCUGCCAAAGAUUACGUUAAUUACUUAGUUCGUACGAAUCGUGUGAAUUCGAAUGAUGUGCCGAGAGAAAACAUUACGUUGCCAGGCACGAUGGCACAGGACAGCUUCAAGCCGGAAAUCUCAACACCAGUAAAAUCGGUGUUUCAAGGAGGCAUGGGUCCGAAUGACAUUGGCCAGGCAUACAGGCCUUACAAUGAGCAUGGCCAGAAUAAUUACACGUACAUGGAUAGAUUGGCCGAUCAAAAGAGAGUGGAAGAUGCCGAGGACGUUGACGUAAAUUCUGGAAUACAUGGAAACUGGACGAUAGAAAACGCCAAAUCCAAGCUUCAUCAAUUCAUGCAAACUAACAAAAUUAAUGCCGAUUACAAGUAUACCCCGGUCGGUCCGGAUCAUACGAGGAGUUUUAUGGCAGAAAUGUCAAUUUAUGUAAAACAGCUUGGACGAAGUAUAACUGGUCGUGAAACUGGAUCAAAUAAACAAACAGCUUCUAAAAGCUGCGCUUUGUCUAUUGUUCGUCAACUGUAUCAUUUAGGUGUUAUUGAACCAUUUAGUGGUACAUUAAAAAAGAAUAAAGAUGCCGAACAAAUGAAACCUUACCCUGUUAAAAUUUCACCAGAACUGGAAAAUCAGAUCCAGGAUGUUCUAAUGAGUUUGGAUAUAAAAUCAGUCGAUAUUAACAAGUCACCUAUAGUGAAAGAAGAAAAUAGUGCAUCAACUACCGGGGUGUCUUUAAUAACGAAUCAAGUUCUGGAUGACUUUAUAUCGUCUGUACCGCAACCAGCCGGUGUCGUAAGCUGGUCGCCACCUCAGCCAAAUUGGAAUCCAUGGACCGGAUGCAAUAUUGAUGAAGGGCCGUUAGCUUCAACUUCUCUAGAUCAACUGUCGGAAGAUCUGAUGAAUGAGCAGCGCGACAAGUUACAACAAGAUUCCAGUUUGCAAGCGAGCAUUAAGGAAAGGUCCAAUCUGCCUGUGUUCGCCAAGAGAAACGAAAUCAUGAAUGCCAUUAAUGAAAAUCCGAUCAUCAUCAUACGUGGUAAUACGGGAUGCGGUAAGACCACGCAAGUUUGUCAAUUCAUCUUGGAUGAUUACAUCGCGUCUGGCCAGGGUGCUUAUUGCAGCAUAGUUGUCACUCAACCGAGAAGAAUAUCAGCCGUAUCUGUGGCCGAUCGGGUUGCCGUCGAGAGAUGUGAGAGUCUGGGACAAUCGAUCGGAUAUUCCGUGAGAUUCGAAUCGUUUUUGCCGAGACCUUACGCAAGUGUGAUGUUUUGCACCGUUGGCGUGCUCUUGAGGAAAUUAGAAGGUGGUCUCAGAGGCGUGUCGCAUGUUAUCGUCGAUGAGAUUCAUGAACGAGAUGUCAAUUCGGAUUUUAUUAUGGUCGUGCUUAGGGAUAUGAUCCAUCUCUAUCCCGAUCUGCGGAUCAUUCUCAUGUCAGCUACGAUCGACACGACGCUGUUCAGCGAAUAUUUCAACAACUGUCCCGUAGUAGAAGUUCCUGGCAGAGCAUAUCCCGUGCAGCAGUACUUCUUAGAAGAUUGUAUAGAACUGACAAAGUUCGUUCCGCCGACAGCUUCCGGGAAACGUAAAUCUAGAGACUCGGACGAUUUACCGACGGCGGAUGGAGAGCCGGAAGAAAAUCUGAAUAAGGUUAUCGAUAAUGAUUAUAGUAUCGAAACGAAGAACGCUAUGGCGCAGUUGACAGAAAAGGAAAUAAGUUUCGAAUUAAUAGAAGCACUACUUAUAUAUAUUAAAAGGCAAAAUAUCCCAGGUGCUGUGCUGAUUUUUUUACCUGGUUGGAACUUAAUAUUUGCAUUGAUGAAACACUUACAGCAACAUUCCGUCUUUGGUGGAUCAUCCUAUCUCAUUAUCCCGCUACAUUCUCAAUUACCAAGAGAGGAUCAGCGCAAAGUCUUUGAUCCCGUACCAUCUUCCGUAACGAAGAUCAUCUUGUCCACGAACAUCGCCGAAACUUCGAUUACAAUCAAUGAUGUCGUCUAUGUCAUAGACUCUUGCAAGGCCAAAAUGAAAUUGUUUACGUCUCACAAUAAUAUGACAAAUUAUGCGACUGUUUGGGCCAGUAAAACGAAUCUGGAACAACGCAAGGGUAGAGCAGGUCGCGUUAGACCCGGCUUCUGUUUCCACUUAUGUUCGAAAGCCCGAUUCAAUAAAAUGGACGAGCAUAUGACACCGGAAAUGUUCAGGACGCCUCUGCACGAGCUGGCAUUAAGCAUCAAAUUGCUGAGAUUAGGCAAUAUUGGACAAUUCUUAUCAAAAGCAAUUGAGCCACCUCCCAUUGAUGCUGUGAUCGAAGCGGAAGUCGUAUUAAGAGAAAUGAAAUGUUUGGAUAAGAACGACGAAUUAACGCCUCUCGGUAAGAUAUUGGCGCGUUUACCGAUAGAACCGCGCUUAGGAAAGAUGAUGAUCCUGGGCUGCAUGUUUCGCGUGGGUGACGCAUUGUCAACAAUGGCUGCGAAUAGUACCACCUUUCCAGAGGUGUACAACAUGGGUCCGGAUGUAAGAAGAUUGACCACUCAGCAAAAGUGGUUUGCCGGCGCGAGAUACAGCGACCACGUAGCGAUGUUUCACGCUUUUCAAGCCUGGGAAGAGGCGAGAACUGGCGGUGAAUGGGCAGAACAAGCUUUCUGCGAGUCAAAGAACCUGAGUAUGCCAACUUUACGAAUAACAUGGGAAGCUAAGAAUCAACUACAAGCAUUGCUGCAAAGCGCUGGCUUUCCCGAAGAGACUCUAUGCCCGACUCCGUUGAAUUAUCAAGCUGUCUCAGACCCACGCCUCGACACUAUUACCGCGCUAUUAUGCAUGGGCCUUUAUCCGAAUGUAUGCUUUCAUAAGGAAAAGCGGAAGGUUCUUACUACGGAAUCAAAAGCUGCGUUAAUUCACAAGACAUCGGUGAACUGCAGUAACUUUGAGCAAAAUUUUCCGUUCCCGUUCUUCGUGUUCGGCGAGAAAAUUCGUACGAGAGCCGUGUCUUGCAAGCAAAUGACCAUGGUAUCGCCCAUCCAUUUGUUGCUGUUCGGAUCCCGAAAAGUGGAAUAUGUUGACGGCGUGAUUAGACUAGACAAUUGGAUCAAUUUGGACAUGAAUCCAGAACACGCAGCGGCCAUAGUCGCUCUACGACCCGCACUGGAGAGUCUCGUGGUUAGAGCAUCUAAAGAUCCGGAAACAAUUUUGGAGUUGAGCCCUACCGAGGAAAAGGUGCUGAGCGUGAUUAAAUCAUUAUGUAGCAUGAACGCUUGCCGUCACGAAUUGCAACAGAUAACCGGAGGCAACUUUCAAUCACGUCGUCCACCAAGAGAUCACAUGCCUGGCUUUCACUUCAAUAAUAGUUCUCCUGCAAAACUGAUGCGCGGAAAUGGUGGUUAUCGUGGAUCACCAUUCACAAACACCACUAGUUAUGGGAGAAGUAGUGGUGAUAAUUUCGGGAGUAACAGUGGCGGUUUCGGCGGAGGAUUCAGGGGAGGCUACAACAAUAGGGAUCCACGUCGCAGAGGAAACUGGAGCGGUGGCGGUGGAGGAGGAUUUCGUGGCCGUUAUUAAUUAAUAUUUUACGUCUUUGAUAUUAUUACGAUAUUAGUAUCGAUAAUCAUCACUAUUAUAAUAUAAGACUAUAUUUAUAGAUUAUACAAGAUAUAUUAGAAAUCGUUAUACAAAUGAAAUGAUUUUUCAAUUCGUGAUUUCUUUUUGUCUCCGAAAAAAAAUAUUUUAAAAAUUAUACGGGGAAAAAUUUUAUUCUACAUUUUUAAUUUUACAUUUGUAUGACAAAUCAUCUAUUUUAUUGAUUUCUCGUAUAUCCUGUUCAUAUCAAGCUGAUAUGUAGUAAAGCUAGCAUUAAGCUUAAACUUAUCAGCUUAAGUUUAUAUCAGAUGUAAUCUCAAUAUUACACAAAUGAUGUUUGUAUGUGAUUCAGACUUUUAUAAUAUGUAGAAGUCUGUGAUGUAAUGUAAAGCCUUUUUUUUAAUCAACUUUUUGAUGUAUCGUAUCGUGUACAUUGUGAUUAUAAAUAAAUGUAUGAUAUGUUGUCUCGCGCAUACA